CAAGAGCAGACACAACUCGCAUUCUAAUCCAAGUGAACGGCAGAUAGCAGGCCGUCCAGCACCGACUGACCCUCUCAUUUGCAAUAAUCUUUAUAUGUUGCGGCAAAACCGGAGCUGUUUGUUGUUUUGCAGUCAGGUUUGCAUUAUCCGAAUGUACAGUUUUUGCUUACUUUAGAAAAGAUCAUUGUUAGUUUUAGCAUGUUAUAUUUCUAGCGAUGCUGGAAGUUUCAAAUUGUUGACUGACACUUCAGUCGGGUGCAGUGUAUAGUUUGUAAAUCCUUGGCGCGGCGAAUUCGGCUCAUAUUUUGGGUUUAAAUCAUGUUUGUUUUUGCAUUAGCUUGGUCUCCUGCAAAAGCAAGUCGUUGUUGAUAAAAACGAGUACUUGGUAACGUCGUGAGUGAGCUUUGAUUUGCACCGAUCAGACUGAUAAUGGAUGGCAGAUCACCGCUGCCUUCCGCCCCCCAUCCGGAGCCUUGCCCGCCGCCUAAUCCUGCAACCGUGCCCAUUUCCAUGGGCGGCAGUUCCCUGCUGCGACCGCCGGCACUGCUACUCCGAGCCGCCGCCGCUGCAGCCGCCGCCGCCGCCGCGGCCGAGCGUUAUCCCAGGACGCCGAAGUGCGCCCGCUGCCGCAACCACGGCGUGGUGUCGGCGCUCAAGGGCCACAAACGCUUCUGCCGCUGGAGGGAUUGCAUGUGUGCCAAGUGCAUGCUGAUCGCCGAGAGGCAGCGGGUCAUGGCCGCGCAGGUGGCUCUCCGACGGCAGCAGGCGCAAGAAGAGAACGAGGCCAGGGAGCUGCAGUACAUGUACGCCGGGGGAGGCGCUGCCGAAGCCGGCCUGGCCAUGGCAGCGGCUGCCGCAGCCGCCAACGGCAUCAUCCCGUCAACAAGGGCCGGUUCGACGCCCUACGAGAUCUUCGGAGGCGACUAUCAGAAGCAGAAGGAAGGAGACAAGAACCCCAAAUACGAGCUGUUCUAUAACAGCCUGGUGGGCCGCUCGGUUCUCCAGCCUUCACAUUCUGCCACUUCAGACACCGAAACAUCGGAAACCAACCUCAAGGAUAAAGCAGGAAAAGCUGAAGCUUUGGACAACGAUUCAGGACAGCUUUCAUCCUCCCCGGAAAGUGCUGACAGCCCUCGCUCAGUGACUCCAUCUGAUGCAGAGUCCGGCAACGAAUGUGACAAACCCAAGGAGCUGGCCAAGGUCAUGGGCAACCUUCCCAGUUCUUCCUCCAACCACAGGGCGCCCAUUGACAUCCUCACCAAAGUUUUCCCCAGUUACAAGCGCGAUAAAUUAGAGUGCAUCCUGGCAAACUGCAAAGGAGACGUAGUCCAGGCCAUUGAACAAGUCCUGAAUGGAAAGGAACCCAAUGGACAGGUCAAAGAUGUUGACUGCACAGUAUCCGAUCCCACAGACCUUCCGCGGUCCUCACACAUUACCUUAGCUGGACUUCCUGGUAGCUCCAUCGGCACUAAGUCCGCCUUCUCUCCCCUGCAAUCCAGCGCAGUCUUCGGAGGUCCCGCAAAUCUGUACGGAUUGAACCCCAGACUUGGUAUCAACCCUCUUCGACUGGCGUACUCGAGCCCUAGCCGAGGGCUGCCAACAUUCGUGUCACCUUAUGUUACUUCUGGUCUGAUGCCAACAUUGCCAUUUCGUCCUCCAGUAGACUAUUCCUUCCCGGGCAUCGUCAGGGAUAUUCCAUAUUUCCAGAACAAAGACUCGCUUUGCUCCAGUGGAUUAUACUCCAGAAUUAAUCCGGAGAAGCAGUGACUCUGAUUCUCCCUCGACAAACUGACACUGAAGCAAAGUUCAUGAUUGAACUCAAAGCACUGUCUAUGCAGAACAUUUGAAUCAAACAAAACCAUAUUAAAAAAAACAAUUCAGUCUAAUCUACCUUGCCAACAAAUUGUGCAAGAGAUAUACUAGAUGUUAACAAUGAUAUUUUGAUACUUUUAUAAUCAUUGUGGGUAACUGCAUUGUACUGAAUAGAAUUAAAAAGACAAGACAGAGAACAGAAAUGCCAUUGAAGAUAUUUAGUGCAUACAAUCGAUGUUUCCUCUUGCUGAUUGCCAACAACGCAACAGGAGAAGAGUUAGAAAGAGAUUAAGAUUACUGGGUUGAAAGUGUACAUUAUUUCCUGUCAAGCGGCAUGUUCGAAUAUUCGCCCAGCGAGAAAUGCAUUUUAAGGAAAAUCCUGAAGUUUACAUUUUGUUGUUUGUUUCCAAGCUUUGGAAUAAGGCUGAGACCCCCAGGGAAUGUGUCCAAUUGUGCGAUGUGGAAUCCUUGAGCUGUGGCUGCAAUUGGUCGCAGAGAGCAGAAACAGAGCCUUGUCCAGUUGUUACUGUGCAAGUUCCAGCACAAUAUCGAACAUAUUCAUUGCAAGUACCUACAUCCAUAAAUAUGU